GGAAGUCAGUUGGCGAACGUGCGCGUCGUUGGCGGACAGAUUGAGCAGCAGCGACCAUGGCAGGUCCCAGCAGGAAACAGAUGUUGAGGUUUCUCAGCCAAUUCGGGGGGUUUAUUCUAACCCGGUUUGGAUUUUGGAACUGCUUCUGUAUGUUAAUGCUGUUUGCUGAACGAGCGGACUCAAAAAGGAAACCGGACAUCCAUAUACCGUACCUGUAUGUGGACAUGGGGGCUGCAGUGCUCUGCGCCAGCUUCAUGUCUUUCGGAGUGAAGAGGAGGUGGUUUGCAUUGGCUUCUGCCAUACAGCUGGCCAUCAGUACUUAUGCCUCGUACGUCGGAGAACAGGUCUAUUAUGGGGACUGGCUGAAGGUGCGAAUGUAUUCCAGGGCGCUGGCCAUUAUUGGAGGCUUUCUGGUUCUGGCCAGCGGGGCGGGGGAGAGGUACAGGCAGAAACCUCGCAGCAGGUCUCUGCAGUCCACCGGACAGGUUUUCCUGGGAGUCUAUCUCAUCUGCAUGGUGUACUCCCUGCAGCACAGCAAAGAGGACAGGCUGCCGUAUCUGGACCACAUCGCAGGGGGAGAGAUCACUCUGAUGCUGCUGGAGGUUCUGUUCGGCGUCCUCGCCCUGGCCUUCCUCUCCGGCUGCUACAUCCGCCUGGCCGCUCAGAUCCUGGCCACCGUCCUCCCUCUGGUGCUCCUGCUAAUUGACGGCAACAUCGGCUACUGGCACCACACUCGCAAGGUGGAGUUCUGGAACCAGAUGAAGCUGAUAGGCCAUAACGUGGGCAUCUUCGGCGCCGUGCUCAUCCUGGCCACUGACGGCUGAACCCUCUCGGGCAGCUUUUUACGGACCAACGUGUCCACACGGGAUGAGAUUGUUUGCCGUUUCGUCCCAGUCCGUCUUAGUGCUCUUAAGCUGCCGUCGCCCAGCGACACCUCAGGAUUCGAGCUCUCCAAGGCAAGACGGUUGGAUGUAAGCUGCGUCGAUUUUCCUCGCUUAAGGGUUGGUAAUUUUGCUUUUGCAAGAUAAAGAAACACGCAAGCUUCCUCCUGUUUGCAGUUUUAAUAAUUUAUUGGGAUCCGUGUUUACAUGUUUUGUUUGUUAUGCUCUGAAUCAUGACACUGAGAAUUGGUGACAUCAAUUCACUUGUAACAUUUUCUCCAGAAGUCUUAAAUGUUUUUUUAUGGUGUACAAUUCAAAUAUUUUACGGAUAAAUAACUUAAGGGAAACCUCUGUUGGAAAUGGGAGGGCUAUUAUGGCCAUUUGGCAAUAAACACUGUCUGAUGCGUUGCUUUUACAUUGUGCAUUCAAUUUAAUAAACACUAUUUUGUAAA